AUGGGACCGCAUGGCGACCGUCCGUUGGUGAAGCGCGACUGGCAGCUGUCGUUGGCCCAGCGGCAGGUCUGUGCACGGCCACCGGCGGAGGGGAGCGGCGUCGCGCCCCACACCUGCCAGUUCUGCGGCAAGAGGUACGGCAGCCGCGACGCGCUCGGCCACCACAUGGGUCUGCACAGCGCGGAGUUCGCAUGCUCGAUAUGUCACAGAAGUUUCCAAUCGAAAUCGUCGUGGUACGCGCACCGCGGCACGCACGCGGGCCAGACGACGUGCCCCGUGUGCGGCAAGUUCCUCAGUCGUCUGGCCGACGUGCGCCGCCACAUGAACCUGCAGCACAACCUGGCCAGGGACGCCGUCACGCCCGACUUCCGUUGCGGCCGGUGCGCGGCCGCGUUCCGCAGCUACGAGUCGCUGCUGCACCACCACAAGACGCACGAAGGCCUGACGCGGUGCCCGCUGUGCGACACGUGCCUCAACCGGGUAUCGGACCUGCGCCGCCACAUGGGCCGCGUGCACAAGCUGGAGCGGCCUCAGCCGCGCCGCACGCUCGACAUGCUGCAGCAGUACACGGAGCGCGCCACGCAGGCUCUCGAGACGGGCAGCAUCUACCGACAGGUGUUCUGGAAUUGGUGA